AUGGCAACCACCUUUCCAAAACCUCACACUCUGGCUUCAAGUGAACAAAACAAGGUCCUAAGAAUGGAUGCCCCUGGGGCUCAAAAAGCUAUCAUAAGAGGAGACUCUACUGACCCAGAGACUUCAAGACAGAGAUUCAGGUGGUUUCGUUACUCAGAAGUGAUUGGACCCAGAAAAACCCUUAAUCAGCUCUGGGAGCUUUGCAUUCAGUGGCUGAGACCAGACAUUCACACGAAAGAACAGAUAUUAGAGCUUUUGGUGUUUGAGCAAUUCCUUACCAUUUUACCUGGGGAAGUCAGGAUUUGGGUAAAGUCACAGCAUCCCGGGAAUAGUGAAGAUGUGGUGACAUUAGUAGAGGAUUUGACCCAAAUGCUUGAAGAAAAGGAAGAUUCACUCUCUCAAGACUUUGCCAUUUCCCAAGAGGAGAACCCAGAAGAAGAUAAAAUGGCGGCUAUUCUUCCAAAUGCUGAAUCUUCAGAAUCCGUGUCAUUCAAGGAUGUGGCUGUGAACUUUUCCAGAGGCGAGUGGAAGAAACUGCAGCCUUUUCAGAAGAAGCUAUUUAUGGAAGUGCUGCUGGAGAACUGUAGGAACCUAGAAUUUCUGGGUUUUCCAGUUUCCAAACUGGAUUUGAUUUCCCCGCUGAAGUGGGUUGUAAUGCCAUGGCUCCUGCAAAAAGAAGUCUCAAAAAGUUCCAGACUAGAAUCGUCUCUCGAUACAAUAAUGGAAAGUUUCCUAAGGGGAAGUGAUUGUGACUUAAGGAUGAGAGAAUCCUGGGAAUGUUAUGACAGAGUCGAGGAUGAUCACAACAGUCAGGAAUCUUCACAAGAAACAGUCACACAAAAGAAAACUCAUGGGAGUACCAAUAAGAAUGAAGGAUUUGAUGGAAGUCUCAGUGUGAGGUCAAUCUUUGCCCCUGAAAAAAAACUCUUUGGAAAGAAUUUCAAACAAACCUCAGAUAUAAUUAAAUACCUGAGAGUCUACUUAAGAAAGAAAUCUAGGCGGUAUAAGGAAUGCAAGAAACCAUUCAGUUUCCAUUCAGACCUUGUUCUGAACCGCAAAGAACACAAUGGAGAAAAAAAACGGAAAUGCAACGAAAGUGGAAAAGCCUUAAGUCACUCGACAUCUCUUAUUGAAUAUCAGAAGCAUAAGAAAGUUAAUUUGGGGGAUAAAUCCCAGAAAUGCAUUCACUGUGGUGUUGCCUUUACUCGAAGUGUAUCCCUUAGUAAGAAAACCCCUAGUGGAAAAAACUCCUCUACAUGUGAUAAAUGUAGGAAAGAUUUAUGUCAGGAUGCAACCUUAAAUAAAGAUGAGGGUACUGAGUCUGGAGAAAAAACUCAUAAAUGCAGUAAGUGUGGAAAAGCCUUUGGCUACAGUGCAUCACUCACUAAACAUCACCGAAUUCACACUGGGGAAAAGCCUUACAUGUGCAAUGAAUGUGGGAAGGCUUUCAGUGAUAGUUCUUCACUUACACCACACCACAGAACUCACAGUGGAGAAAAACCAUUCAAAUGUGAUGAUUGUGGAAAAACUUUUACCUUGAGUGCCCAUCUCAUUAAGCAUCAGAGAGUUCACACUGGAGAAAAACCUUAUAAGUGUAAAGAAUGUGGGAGACCUUUCAGUGACAGUUCAUCUCUUAUUCAACACCAGAGAAUCCAUACUGGAGAGAAGCCUUAUACAUGUAACAAUUGUGGGAAAUCCUUCAGUCAUAGCUCAUCCCUUUCCAAACAUCAGAGAAUUCACACUGGAGAGAAGCCCUAUAAAUGUGGUGAAUGUGGAAAAGCCUUUAGACAGAAUUCUUGCCUUACUCGACAUCAGAGAAUUCAUACUGGAGAAAAACCAUAUUUGUGUAAUGAUUGUGGGAUGACCUUUAGUCAUUUUACAUCUGUUAUUUACCAUCAAAGACUUCAUUCAGGAGAAAAACCUUAUAAGUGUAGCCAGUGUGAGAAAGCCUUCCCUACCCAUUCACUCCUUAGUCGUCAUCAGAGAAUUCAUACUGGUGUAAAGCCUUAUAAAUGUAAAGAAUGUGGGAAAUCCUUCAGUCAGAGCUCAUCUCUUAAUGAGCAUCACCGAAUUCAUACUGGAGAGAAACCAUAUGAAUGUAAUUACUGUGGUGCAACCUUUAGCCGGAGCUCAAUUCUUGUAGAACACUUAAAAAUUCAUACUGGAAGGAGAGAGUAUGAAUGUAAGGAAUGUGCGAAGACAUUUAAAAGUAAUUCAGGUCUCAUCAGACAUCGAGGAUUUCACUCUGGAGAGUAAUUCUGGCAAUGUAAUAAAAUGAGGUGAAGGACUUUUAGUCAAAACCGCCCGUAA